CUUGUUCUCACCGCGUGUUGGGCUGCGGAGGAUCCACCGCGCUUAGACGCAGCACCAUGAACCAAGAAAAACUGGCCAAGCUUCAGGCACAGGUCCGAAUAGGAGGAAAGGGAACAGCUCGCAGAAAGAAGAAGGUGGUGCACAGAACAGCUACAGCUGACGAUAAAAAACUUCAGAGUUCUCUCAAAAAACUGGCAGUAAAUAACAUUGCUGGCAUUGAAGAGGUGAACAUGAUAAAAGAUGAUGGAACGGUCAUUCACUUCAACAACCCCAAGGUUCAGGCUUCCCUCUCUGCUAACACUUUCGCAAUCACUGGUCAUGCAGAGGCUAAACCGAUCACAGAAAUGCUUCCAGGCAUCUUAAGCCAGCUUGGUGCUGACAGCUUAACAAGUCUCAGGAAGUUAGCUGAACAAUUCCCAAGACAAGUGCUGGAUAGUAAGGCGCCAAAAUCUGAAGAUAUUGAUGAGGAAGAUGACGAUGUCCCAGAUCUCGUAGAAAACUUUGAUGAAGCAUCAAAGAAUGAAGCUAACUAAAACAUUGAUAGUUCUGGAAGCUGGCAUGGACUAGAUUUAAGAAAUCAGCUAUGUGGUUCCAAAGUUCUAAAGAA